AUGCGAGAGCAUACGCUGCAGAGAUGCAUAGCAGGGUUCGCCGAACGCUCGACAGAUGGGCACAGCCGGGGCAGCAGAACAGCCAUAGUGCUCGCUGGACGCACCACCAUCGCUACAAUCACAGCUCUCAGCCACGCAUCUCCGCGGGCUCGUAGCCUUUCCUAUGUGUCCUUGCUUGUCUGGCCAGCCACAUCGACAGGCCUAUACUUGCCCGUCGCCAGGCAUGCUGCGGUUGCCAGACUGCGAGGCACGGCGUGCCAGUGCGCGCCUAUGGCCGAUGACGAUGGAGCAGCUGGUGCCUGA